CCAGUCUUAAGAGGCUCAGAAUUAGGCUGGACCACACAGCCCCUUAAUAGAUGGAGCAAGUCUAGCAUCCCCCUUCCCCCCGGGGUGGAAUCUUUGUCACGUGUUCUACCUCCAUUCUCAGAGCAAAGGUUUCACCAAGAAACCAUGAAACAGAUGGAACGAAUCUCUUCUGCUCGCAAAUCUUAGACUAAAUAAAAACAAAACAGCCCUGAGUAUCAAAUACCUUAGCUGGGGAGACAUAAUUCCUGUAGAUUUUGGCUUCCCAAGCAGUAAACUCUGAAAGUGAAUCCGCCCUCCCCCUGAGCUGUAACUGUAAGACAAUAAUGCUGGAAAAAGAAAACUAGAGACCAACCUUGGGCUGUAGCUUCCGGUGAUUUCGCCCUCAGCACAGACUUAGGGAGGUGUAUUUGAACUCCUUGAAGCCGGUGCCCCUGGAGAGGCCUUCCCAGUACCUUGGUAUCUCCAAAUCAAAAAAGAUUUGGUCUGAAUCAAGGUGGAGUUUCCGGGUCCCAGUCCUGCCACUGGGAACCCCAAGCCACUCCCCAGACCGCGUCAAUAAAGAAAGAGAAACAGUGGAGAGCCUGCUAUUGGACCCCCUCCCCACGCAAACCGGGUGGACUUUGACUGUAAAUUGUGCCGCGGGAAGAAAGGGAGGGAGCCGACCUCCCUUUGCUUUUGUUUUCUGCGUGGAGGACACUCCGAGGGACAAUCGGCCGCCUACCUGCCUGUACUUUCCGGGUCGGGGGAGGCUGUGCCGCCUGCAGAGCCAUUCUCCUCUGUCUCACCUCCCCGCGCUGUUCCCAGCUGGACCAGCCUGACUCACCCAGGAUGGGUGGCGGGGGCUGGGGGACACCUCAGAGGGCGGAGGUAAAGGAGGCGGGCCGGGCCCUUCCCCCAGAGCCCAGGAGGCGUAGCCAGCGCGCAGGUGAAACCGACUCCGACCUAUCCCGGGAACUUUCGCUGCGGGGACUAGCUGCCACAGGCCAGCGUCGCUCAGGGGCGGCCUGGGAGCCGCCCUCUGCCACCCGGGCUGCGCGCGGGGACUCAGCCCGGGCACCCGACCCUGGGGACCCUCGGCCCUCCCGAAGCGCUUUGGAGAUGCGGACAGCGCCAGUUUCCGCGGCUGAUGGAGGCGGGUGGCGCCGCCCUGGUCGCAGGUGACACUCGCCAGGUCCGGGUUUCUGUCCGAGUGGGAGUGUGCUGGGAGCUCGAGACGCAGCCGCCCCGGCGACCAGGGACCUGGCAAUGAUGGCCGGAGAGCUGAGCCAGGAGUCACUGCUGGACUUUCUGUGCCAGGCCGGGGGCCGAGUGCGUAACGCCGAUCUCUUGAGCCACUUCAAGGGCUUCCUGCGCGACCCUCACGUGCCUCCCGGCCAGCUGCAGCAGCGUCGCGAGCUCUUCAAGGGCUUCGUGAACUCGGUGGCCGCAGUGCGCCAGGACCCCGACGGCACCAAGUACGUGGUACUCAAGAGGAGGUACAGGGACCUGCUGGGGGAGGAGGGCCUGCAGCGACCCACCCCUGUAGAGGGACCGCAGCAGGGCCACCGCCGCCCGCGUGACCCGGAGGCGCAGAAGCCACCGGCAGAUGCCGCGACCCGGGUGGACUCAGGUGGGGAUGAGCUCGCGGGCUGCCGCGCGAGGGAGGCGGCCGGGGCAGAAGACUGCCCAAGGGACAGACCUAGCCGGAGGGCACCGGGACCUGAGGCUGCUCAGGCCAGAGGCAGGUGCGCGGCGGUGGAGAAGCGGGGCCGCUGCUGCUGGGAAUGUCAGCAGAAUGGCUGGGGGGACACCACGCGACAGCCUCUGCCCGGAGAUCUCGAGGACCCUGCGGCCGCCUGCAAGGAACCAGAGCUUGCUGCGCCUGCCGGAGAUGACCUCGGAGCUCCGGGGUGGCUGCGGGAAGGAACGUCGGCUGAGCGAGCACAGGUGUCUGCAACGCCUGUCUGGCCUCUGGCCGCCGUCGAGGCUGCUGGGAGCCCGACGUCCCCGCCCGCUCUCCCGCCCCUCCCGGCUCCCUCCAGUGAACCGCUGGAGCUGUUUACCGCCGACUCCCCGAACCAUUCAACCCAGCAGCUGCUGCUGCAGCAGCAGCGCACUCGAGAGUGGGUAGCCAGAUAUCCGCAGGUGCCCGAGGCCAGGAACCAGGGGCCCACUCGCGCCUGGUCGGUGUUGCCAGACAACUUCCUCCAGCCACCCUCGGAAGCCACCUUUGGGGUCUCGGAAACGAACUUGGCUCUGCCAGAGCUCGCACUGUCUUGUCAUCCUCUUUUUCCUGUGGUUCCUGAUGAGUCCUCAGAAUCCUGGCCAGGGAACCCUCCACCCACUGUCUUUCGAAGCAUUCGUUGUCAGCUGUCCCUCCAGGAUCUGGAUGACUUUGUGGAUCAAGAGAGCCACGACAGCGAGGAGAGCAGCAGUGGACACAAAGAAUCUCCCGAAACCCCCGAAGAGGGACUGCAGCCUGUCCUGGGAGCUUCCUCUUGGGGAGAGCUCAGGGAUCCUAUCGAGGGCCUGCCUGUGUCUUCAAACGAAGGCAGCCCCAGUCGGAUCCGGCGGAGCCUCAGGUACAAAGGGAAUGCAACAGGGGCUAAAAGCCUUGGAGACCACCCCCAGGAGCCUUCACCCUGGCCAGCCCCCAGGUUCCGGAGGUCUCUCAGGAGAAGCGCUAGAACUGGGAGAACCAAAUCCUCCUCCUCUGAUGAGGAAUGUCUUGAUGAGGACUUGCUGAAAAGGAGCCGGCGCCCACCCCGGUCCAGGAAACCUUCCAAGGCAGGAGCCCUGCACAGCCCAAGGGUGGAUGCUGUUUUGGUACAGAAAUUGACAGACGCUAAUGCUGUGGCAGGUCAGCCACACACCUCAUGGGUCCCCAACAGGGAUGUAUCUGCAGCAUUGACAUACCACAGAUCUCCUGAGCACAAGUCAUCUCUUGUCCCCCUAGAUGCCAGGGAACAUGAAUGGAUUGUGAGGCUUGCCAGUGGCUCCUGGCUUCACGUGCAGACUUUGUUCUGGGAGGAUCCCCAGUUGGCUUUGCACAGAGACUUCCUGACAGGGUUCACAGCCUUGCACUGGAUAGCCAAGCAUGGUGACCUGCGUGCCCUUCAGGACUUUAUCUCUGGAGCGCAGGAGGCAGGGAUUGUACUAGAUGUCAACGUGAGGUCCAGUUGUGGCUAUACCCCACUGCACCUCGCAGCUAUUCAUGGCCACCAGGGAGUCAUCAAACUGCUAGUGCAAAGGUUGGCUUCUCGGGUGAAUGUCCGGGACUACAGUGGCAAGAAGCCAUGGCAGUAUCUGACCAGUAAUGUCACUGGGGAAACAUGGCAGCUCCUGGGUGCACCCCGGGGCAAACCCAUCUUCCCUGUAUAUCCCUUAGUGAGAAGCCCCUCCCCAGCCAGGAAGGUCAAGAGUCGGGAAAUGUCUAGAAAUGUCACCCGGAAGACUUCCUUGGCUGCUUUGCUCAAAACCCAGCACCACAAAUGGAAGAUGGCCAACCAAUAUGAGAAAUUCCACACCCUAAAGGAGAGAGAAGAAUAUAGUGACUGAGGUGGUCUCCUCUUUCCAGAAGGCAAAGCACCCCCCCCCACACACACACAAGCUACUAAGUAGGUGAGAAGCCAGGGGAAACAAGCGGCUAGGAGUUGGUAAGGAGAAAGGACCAUUGAAAUGGUGUCCUCAAGGGUCAUCUCAACUUCUUGAAGGCUCAUAAAUACGUUUGGGCUGUGAAAUGUAGACAAAAGCAGAGCCAGGCACUCAAGCCUGAGAAGGGUCCCUUUCUCCUGAGCCAGCCAGGGGUCCGGGCACUGGAAGGCACAGUGUUUUCUGAGGCAGUGCCAGGCCUUACUAGAAAGGGAACGGACGCGUCAGAGAGAGGCAGUUCGUGGAACUGAUAUAGCUCACGCUCUUCUCUGGCUGGAGGCUCUCUGGCUUCUAUUCAUCUCGAGAAUAAAUCUUGGCUGAGUGGAAAGUACCAGGUUUGAAGUCAGAUGACAUCCCUUCGUUUUCUGUAUGUGCCUUUUGGCAUUCCAACCAGUGAAAUAAAAUGGCUUCUGCAGAGUGUAGAAUCUGAUUCAAGAGACUUCCCCAGUUCUGUGCCCGAGCCUUCCUGUGAACAGCAUCUAUGGUUGCUCGGUGUAAACUGAUGACUUUCUUCUCUACGUAUCUUUGCCAGUGAUCAGAGAAGCAGACAGGAGCAAUCAGAUAUGACCUUGACUUCACUCUCCAGAGAAAUGACACCAUCAGGUCCUGUUUAUUUGUGUUGUUGUUAGCUGUUUGUACUAACCCAAAGUGAACUCCCCAAGUAUAAAAACAGCUUGUUUCUUCAUUUGUGUAAUAACUGGCACUCUUCACCCUUCAGGACAACUCCCUGUAGAGCCAACAGAAUCAUCUCUGACAGCUUCCAAGGUCAAAACUGGUACACAGGAGAAGAGAGAGCCAGGGUCACUCUGGGGAAGCAGGAAGGGUUAAAACCAUCAGAACUGUGUCAAGCUGCUAAGUAUAACUUUAUUUGCACUAAACUUUUUGCCAAUUGAGAUUAAAUAUUAGCCUUGAAGUACUGAAUGUCUAACAGGAAGUGUUGCGUUCAGUUCUCAGGAAGAUGGAGCAGUGCAGGCCCCUGGCUGCAGUCAGAGAACGAGGACUGCAAAUCCCAGCAGAAUGUGCAGGUCACAGACUGUAAAUCCAAAGAGGGCUGGAAAGUUCAAUGUUAAAUCAGAGAUUACUUUUUUAUGAAAAUAUUUUCAUGUGUAGUGGCAAUGAUGCUGUAUUUUUUUAAGUAUUUUUGUGUUUCUCCUGGUUAUUUUCCUGCAUUAAAAGACCAGCAGAUUAUUAUAAUUUA